AUGAACUACGGCUUCUGCCUCGUCAAUAACCCGACCGACUACCGGAUCGUCAAACUGGGGGUGCUGGUGAGCAGCCCGCUCAUGGCAGCCAAAGACCGACAGCGGCAGCUGUAUCCCGAGCAGGCCACAAAAACCGAGGACCCGUACUAUAUCUUCAGCAUCCUCUACCCGCUCCUAGCCCGCGAUACACCGAUGGAGCACACAAUCGUCUCCCCAGCCCUGUUCAACGCACUCGCCGUGAUGGAGGGUAAUCCGCGCGAGCAAGAUAUGAUCGAGAUCACCGAGUCUGGGAUUCGUAUCCCGCCUGCUUACGGAAAUGGACACAGCACUCUUGCAGCAUUGAGUCAGAUCAGCUUCGAGCUGAUUGCGCAUAUUGGGUUGCUGCAGGACAGCGCGGAAGGACUCCCAGUACAACCAGCCAAUCUGAAUCAGAUGCAUACGCAGAUUUACCGCAAUGGUCAGAUUGCACUCGAUCAAGCUGCCCUCAUCAUCAUCUCGUGGACUCUCACCCGAGCAAGGGAGCAACAGCGAGGCGAGACCUGGGACGAUAUCAAGACCAUGCUGAACGAGCACAUGGCCCGUAUACCCGCCGACCUCCUGUCCGAGGAAAUCCUAUCGCGCAUCCGGGUCCGCAUCCUCGAGCGCGAGUCCAUCGUGCCCAAGAACGGAGUUCUUUUCCGACUCACCGAGCUAUUUACUCUCCUCCCGACGGAGAUGCAAGGUCCCGGCCAAAAACACUUUGACCACGUCUUCGACCGCGCAGUACAGGUCAUUCCUGUCGUGCGCAGCGUGCCGAACUUGCUUUUCGGGACGCUGCUUUGCUUGCUGGUUGCCACGUACCGCUCACAGGUCCCACUGCCAGCGCGCCUGACUCGAUGGUUGGAGUUUCUUUUCGAGGCAUAUCCCCCACCAUCCGUGGCUGGUCCUGAUCCUGCCGAGGAUGAACAGAUGGAUACGCUCCUUGCGGCGUUUGAUGAGUUUGUGAAAGUCGAGAACGCCCAACCAUGGGCUGCUGAUGAUGGAGUUACAUGGUUGGUCAAUGAUAGUGGGUGGUUGGAUGUGAACUGGCUGCGGUGGGCAUGGUGGGUUGUUGAAGCAGAGACAGUGCUGGUGCCGCCGGAGCCAUUGCAAAUACUGGGUGGUGGACCAGUGCAGAUGCUGAGACAGGCGUGCUUGUAUGUACCUUAG